GCAGGCACAUCCGUGUCAUCCUCGGCCACUUGCCCGUCGAUCCAGUCAAUCAAUACACGUGAGUAAGCCAAAAUUUCCGUGUCAAACGGUAGCUAGCUAGAGCUAUGGAGGAGCAGCACCGGCCGGACGCCGAGGCGCCGCUGCUGGCUGCCGCUGCCACCAAGCCCGAUGGCGCAGCGUCCUCGUCGCCGGCGCGGAACAAGUACCCCUUCUUCUGCGCCGUGCUCGCCUCCAUGACCUCCGUCCUCAUGGGCUACAAUGUGGCGGUGACGAGCGGGGCGCAGAUCUUCAUGGCGGAGGACCUCGGCUUGAGCGACACGCAGAUCGAGCUGCUCUCCGGCGCCAUCAACAUCUACUCGCUCGUCGGCGCGCUGUUCGCCGGCUGGACCUCCGACCGCCUCGGCCGCCGCCUCACCAUCGUGCUCACCAACGCCUUCUUCCUCGUCGGCCCGCUCAUCAUGACGCUCGCCAGCGGCUACGCGGCGCUCAUGGCGGGCCGCUUCAUCGCCGGCAUCGGCGUCGGCUACGCGCUCGUCAUCGCGCCGGUCUACGCCGCCGAGAUCGCGCCCGCCUCCUCCCGCGGCCUCCUCAGCUCCCUUCCCGAGAUCUUUAUCAACACCGGAGUGCUGCUGAGCUACGUGUCCAACUUCGCCUUCUCGGCGUUGCCGGCGCACCUGUCGUGGCGGCUCAUGUUCGCCGCGGGGGUGGUCCCCACCGUGUUCCUGGCGGCCGGCGUGCUCACCAUGCCGGAGUCGCCGCGGUGGCUGGCGAUGAAGGGCCGGACGGAGGAGGCCAAGGCCGUGCUCGACCGGACGUCGGACACGCCCGCCGAGGCCGACCAGCGUCUGCUGGAGAUCCAGGAGGUCGUCGACGCCGACAGCAACGGCGCUGGCGGCGGCGGCGCGUGGAAGGAGGUGGCGACCAAGGCCGGCGUCCGGCGCGUGCUGGCCACCGUGCUGGCGCUGCAGUUCUUCCAGCAGGCGUCGGGAAUAGACUCGGUGGUGCUGUACGGCCCGCGCGUGCUCGCUAUGGCCGGGGUCACCUCCAACACCCUCCUCCUGGGCCUCAACGUUCUCUUCGGCGUGGCCAAGGCGGGCUCCAUCCUGAUCGCCAUGGCGCUCGCCGACCGAGUUGGCCGGCGCCCGCUGCUCCUGGUGAGCACCGGCGGCAUGACAGCGUCGCUUCUCGUGCUGGGGUCCGUGUUCGCGGUCUUCGCCGGCGCCAAGGACGACGCCGUUGUUGCCGCGGUCGCGGUGGCGGCAGUGGUGGCGUUCGUGUGCACGUUCUCCGUCGGCUUCGGGCCCCUAGCAUGGGUGUACAGCUCGGAGAUCCUGCCGCUGCGCCUGCGCGGCCAGGGCGCCGGGCUCGGCACUGCCAUGAACCGCGUCAUGAGCGGCAUUGUCACCAUGACCUUCAUUUCGCUCUACGGGGCGAUCACCAUGGCCGGCACGUUCUACCUCUACGCAGCCGUUGCAGCCGCCUCGUUCGUGUUCAUCUACACCUGCCUGCCGGAGACAAGGGGCCGGAACCUCGAGGACAUGGAGCAGCUCUUCCGGACAAAGUGAUCCGUCCAUACAUUCAUCAAUCCAUCACACUAGAACCAAUUAGAAAUAUUGGCGGUUCUCCAACUUGAUGCUUGUGAUCAAAGGGUAUACACGAUUAUCGAAAUUUCAUUCUUUCUCCCGGAUAUUGCAAAAGGCUUUGCUGUUCAACAGGGAUCUCCACGGGUAAAUUACAUGACAAUAUUUUGGGUAGUUUGUA